AUGAAUUCGGGAUCCAAACGGAAAACACCCUCGCUUGUUCAUCUAUUUGAGACCAGAGUUCACAAAAACCUUCCUCGGAAUACAUUCCCAAUCCCGGAAAUUAUUUUCGACCUCACCUUAGCCCUCAGUCCUCAUAUUUUCCUGUUGGGUAUGCUGUUUAGGAUCCGUGCAUUCAAGAAUAUAUCUGAGGAUGGCCCUAUUUUGGACUGUCCUGAAAAAUUGUAUAGACUUCGGGUCUUAGAUAGGCUAGGCCAGCAGGAACUAAAGCUCAAAGACGAGAUUCUCGAUGACUACGUUAUUGCGGGAGCCCGAUGGAUUUCGCAUCGCAUUGGACCAAAAGCUUACGGCUGGCUGCGCUACCGAAUAAAACGAGGUGGUCUAAUCACAGGGUUUGCAGAAGUCGCGAGGCCUUACUGCCUCCGAUAUAGCGCAGCGAAAGCGUUCAACGACAGUCAACGUAAGCAGUGGAAAACCCAGGAGAAAAUUGUGAAGAAGCUUCAAAAGAAAUAUAAACACGCCGAGGAGCAGUAUGACCGUUCCGUGAAGCAAUUACGCAACGAAAAAGGCCGACAACGACACUGCUUAAUUCGCGAAAACCUAGAACGUUAUAAGAAUGAACAGCCGGUGAUCGACAGCGAACGGCAGCUGUCAGAGAAGAUAGUUAACGAGGAGGUCAAGGUUGCACUAGAAAGUACAGGCUCUAUAACACCACAGUAUAUAACUCUUAUCGACACAGUCUUGACUAUACCCGGUGCAACUACUGAGAAAGAGUAUAAGCGAAGGAUUGCUGCAAUCAAUGCGGUGAUUGCUGUUUGUAAUGCAGAAGAGGGCUCACCUUCCCGGCCCCCUACAUCAAAAAAACGCUGCGUUAAUUAUAUCGACACUUCGCCAGCUGAUCUUAUACCUAAAAGGCAGAAGCCGGCUGCUUCAGAUAUAGAGGACGAUGUUUUUUCUCAAGCCAUCGCUUCGGUCUGCGUCAAAUCUCCAGAAGAGAGACCGACGAUCUGCUUUAUCUGCCUCGGUAACCCAAUGCUGCCGGGCAGUGAACGACUGCGGAAGUUCAAGAACUCAGGGUCUCUCAGCCGACACUUUGUGAACAAACAUAUCAAACCGUAUUCGAACAGUAUACAAUACGAGUGCACGAUAUACGGAGAGCAACUGUCGUCUAAAUCAGCACUACUGAACCACGCUCAAGGUUCACAUAGAAUUGUUUCUUGCUUGCCUCUACCAGUUCUUGGUCUGCCUUUACCAGGAAAACCAAGCUUCGAUUGA